UGGGGCCUCACCCCUCUCACAGAGCAGGGAGUCCGGGUUCUCCGGGCACACACUUGGACACAGCAGGCCCCUCAGGCCUCCAGGAUGCCCUUCCCUGCCUCCUGGCCCCGCCCUCCUCCUUGCCUGCUGCUGACUCUGCUGCUGGGCCUCCCAGGAGCGGCAGGUGAGGAGCUGCAGGUGAUUCAGCCUCAGAAGUCAGUGUUCGUCGCAGCAGGAGAGACGGCCACUCUGAGUUGCAAUGUGACCUCCAUGCUCCCCGUGGGGCCCAUCCUGUGGUUCAGAGGGACAGGGCCAGACCGGGAGUUAAUCUACAGUUUCAAAGGAGGCCACUUCCCCCGAGUAACAAGGGUUGCAGACACCACGAGGAGAGACAACAUGGACUUCUCCAUCCGCCUCAGUAACAUCACCCCAGCAGACACAGGGACCUACUACUGUGUGAAGUUCCGGAAAGGAGGCAGUGAUAAUGACAUGGAGCUCAAGUCUGGAGCAGGCACUCAGCUCACCGUGAGUGGAGGGGCAGGUGAGGAGCUGCAGGUGAUUCAGCCUCAGAAGUCAGUGUCCGUCACAGCAGGAGAGACGGUCUCUCUGAGCUGCAUCAUGACCUCCAUGCUCCCUGUGGGGCCCACACAGUGGUUCAGAGGGACAGCGCCAGACCGGGAGUUAAUCUACAGUUACAAAGGAGGCCACUUCCCCCGAGUAACAAGUGCUGCAGACAUCACAAGGAGAGACAAUAUGGACUUCUCCAUCCGCAUCAGUAACAUCACCCCAGAAGACACAGGGAUCUACUUCUGUGUGAAGUUCCAGGAAGGAGGCGAUGAUGAUGACAUGGAGCUCAAGUCUGGAGCAGGCACUCAGCUCAGCGUGAGUGGAGGGGCAGGUGAGGAGCUGCAGGUGAUUCAGCCACAGAAGUCAGUGUCUGUCGCAGCUGGAGAGACGGCCACUCUGAGUUGCAUUGUGACCACCCUGCUCCCCGUGGGGCCCUUCCUGUGGUUCAGAGGGACAGGGCCAGGCCGGGAGUUAAUCUAUGAUUUCAAAGGAGGCCACUUCCCCCGAGUAACAAGGGUUGCAGAUACCACGAGGAGAGACAACAUGGACUUUUCCAUCCGCAUCAGUAACAUCACCCCAGCAGACACAGGGACCUACUACUGUGUGAAGUUCCGGAGAGGAGGUGAUAAUGCCUCUGAGUUUAAGUCUGGAGCAGGCACUCAGCUCACCGUGAGUGGAGGGGCAGGUGAGGAGCUGCAGGUGAUUCAGCUUCAGAAGUCAGUGUCUGUCGCAGCAGGAGAGACGGCCACUCUGAGCUGCACUGUGACCACCCUGCUCCCCGUGGGGCCCUUCCUGUGGUUCAGAGGGACAGGGCCAGGCCGGGAGUUAAUCUAUGAUUUCAAAGGAGGCCACUUCCCCCGAGUAACAAGGGUUGCAGACACCAUGAGGAGAGACAACAUGGACUUUUCCAUCCGCAUCAGUAACAUCACCCCAGCAGACACAGGGACCUACUACUGUGUGAAGUUCGGGAAAGGAGGCAGUGAUAAUGACAUGGAGCUCAAGUCUGGAGCAGGCACUCAGCUCAGCGUGAGUGGAGGGGCAGGUGAGGAGCUGCAGGUGAUUCAGCCUCAGAAGUCAGUGUCUGUCGCAGCAGGAGAGACGGCCACUCUGAGUUGCAUUGUGACCACCCUGCUCCCCGUGGGGCCCUUCCUGUGGUUCAGAGGGACAGGGCCAGGCCGGGAGUUAAUCUAUGAUUUCAAAGGAGGCCACUUCCCCCGAGUAACAAGGGUUGCAGACACCAUGAGGAGAGACAACAUGGACUUUUCCAUCCGCAUCAGUAACAUCACCCCAGCAGACACAGGGACCUACUACUGUGUGAAGUUCGGGAAAGGAGGCAGUGAUAAUGACAUGGAGCUCAAGUCUGGAGCAGGCACUCAGCUCAGCGUGAGUGGAGGGGCAGGUGAGGAGCUGCAGGUGAUUCAGCCUCAGAAGUCAGUGUCUGUCGCAGCAGGAGAGACGGCCACUCUGAGCUGCACUGUGACCACCCUGCUCCCCGUGGGGCCCUUCCUGUGGUUCAGAGGGACAGGGCCAGGCCGGGAGUUAAUCUAUGAUUUCAAAGGAGGCCACUUCCCCCGAGUAACAAGGGUUGCAGACACCAUGAGGAGAGACAACAUGGACUUUUCCAUCCGCAUCAGUAACAUCACCCCAGCAGACACAGGGACCUACUACUGUGUGAAGUUCCGGAAAGGAGGCAGUGAUAAUGACAUGGAGCUCAAGUCUGGAGCAGGCACUCAGCUCAGCGUGAGUGCUCGGUGAAGUAAUCACAUCGAAAGCCUUUCCAGGGGACUGGCUGCCUGAACCCGUUCUCAGACUUUUCUGGGGAAAAUUACCCCACUUGUAGCCUGGCACCUGCAUCCACGAAUCUAUUUGAAGACGGCAAGAUCCACAUUUGCUUCAAUGUUGGGCACACGCUUUAUAGCAUGAGGGGAAGCUGGAACAAACCCUAAUGUAAUUGAAACCAAUCCCUAAUACUAAACCAGACCUAACAGUUGUUGUUGUUGUUUUCAGAAGAGAACAGCAAGACUUCCCACAGUGCCUAUGGGCCACUGGGUCAGACUGGUCCCAGAGCCAUGCAAAGGUGCAAAAAGCCUACUAAUGACUCCACAAACGCCGAUGAAUGGCCAAAACCAAAAUUUGCCCUUUGUCCUUUGCCAGAAUCUAUGUGCAGAUGUAGGGGGAUCAGGAAUUUUCACUUAGCUAGGUGUAGGAAGCGGUUAUAGGGUUAAGCCUUGGACUGACCUGCUGGCAAAGUCGCAAACAAGUCCCAGCUUGGAGGGCACAGUCCUCUAAGCAUAAUUAAGCUUGAUCUUGUAACUGCUCCCUAGAUCUUUCCUGGGUAGCUAGUGGGCUGUGGGAGGGGCAGCAAGUGCUGCCAAAACAAGUGAAACUUAUAAGAACAUUGUAAGUUACCUUGUUUGUCCCUGAUUAUAAAUAAAGCAUCAGCUUUGCAGUCUGGAUCUGUUCUGUGGCCUCAGCAAGGCACAGAAGAUCCACCUAGACCCAGCUUUUUCUCUUUGUCUAUCAUUUCUCCAUCCUUCACCACCUCCCUCAGGCUCGCCGAACCCUUGGCUGUGCUGGCGCAGCACAGCUAGGCACCUAGAUCUCACCCAAUCUGACCCCACUCUCUAGGAAUGCCUUUCUACCUUCUGCCUUUCUACUUUCUGCCUUUCCAAUUCCUUACCUCCUGUGGCUUAGUUUCAACACAGUCCAAUCAAGACUCCUGAUUAGAAUGAACACAUAUGGAAAUUUCUCCUUCCCAUUAAAUUUGCUCUAAGUCUGUAGUCCAGGGCAUGGAAGGAGAUGGAUCUGAGCCCUGUCUCUGUCUCCUGGUUUGGCAGCUGGAAGAAUAAAUCUUUUCUCUAUGAAACA